GGCGGUGCCUUCUGGCGAUGGUUUGCUCAGCGUGCUGCGCAGACGUUGUCCCGACAAAUGCCGUUACAUUUGUAGUUUUGAAUAAAUAAAUAAAAAGUCCUAAACUAUUAAACGCGUGUCAGGUGCUAGGCUUCAACCAAGUCCUGCGCGUUUUGUAAAGGAAUUGGAUAUGAGUGUUCUUUCAGGAUUACGCGCUGAUACGUUAUCUUAUAAGAAGUGAUUCCGGUUCAGGGGGAAGGUUUGAACUGCUCUCUGCAAAGUGACCAUUGUUGUAAUCAGGUCGAGGCUGUUAUCAUUUUCACUUGCUGACUUUCUUAGUUUUUUUUACGGGAUUACAGCGGAAAAAAACGUACAAGCUUUUUAGAGUGACAUGAAAGAAAUGUCAAGCACCAUGCCUGGUGGGCAGCAGCCUCAGAAACACUAUGGCAUCACGUCUGCCAUUAGCCUUGCACCCCCACGAGAAAUAGACCACCAGUACACCAACAAGCUCUGUGAUGCUAUGAAACCUUUUGGGGUGUUUGAAGAUGAAGAGGAAUUGAACCAUAGACUUGCAGUCCUUGGAAAGUUGAAUAACUUUGUUAAGGAAUGGAUCGCAGAGAUCAGUGAACUAAAGAACCUCCCACCAUCUGCUAUAAGCUGUGUUGGGGGCAAGAUAUUUACAUUUGGUUCGUACAGACUUGGAGUGCACACAAAAGGAGCUGAUAUUGAUGCCUUAUGUGUGGCUCCCCGCCAUGUAGAGAGAAGUGACUUUUUCCAGUCUUUCUUUGAGAAAUUCAAACAGCACGAAGAGAUCAAAGAUUUAAGGGCUGUCGAAGACGCCUUUGUGCCAGUGAUAAAAUUCAAAUUUGACGGAAUAGAGAUUGACCUGCUGUUUGCCAGACUGGCCUUGCAGUCCAUUCCAGACAACUUGGACCUGAGGGGGGACUCCAUCCUGAGAAACUUGGACAUUCGAUGUAUCCGCAGUCUCAACGGCUGUCGAGUGACCGAUGAAAUUCUUUACCUGGUGCCAAACAAAGAAAACUUCAGACUGACAUUGAGAGCCAUCAAACUGUGGGCCAAACGUCGUGGGAUAUACUCCAACAUGCUGGGGUUUCUGGGUGGAGUGUCAUGGGCCAUGUUGGUGGCCAGGACCUGCCAGCUCUACCCAAACGCUGUAGCUGCGACGCUGGUCCACAAGUUCUUCUUGGUGUUUUCCAAAUGGGAGUGGCCAAAUCCUGUGCUAUUGAAACAGCCCGAGGACAGUAAUCUGAAUUUACCUGUGUGGGAUCCUCGAGUGAACCCAUCGGACCGAUACCACCUGAUGCCCAUCAUCACGCCUGCCUAUCCCCAGCAGAACUCCACGUACAACGUCUCCACAUCAACACGCACCAUCAUGAGCGAGGAGUUCAAAUACGGCCUCAGCGUCACAGACGAGAUUCUUCAGGGAAAAGCAGAAUGGUCAAAACUGUUUGAACCACCCAACUUUUUCCAAAAAUACAAACAUUACAUCGUUCUGACUGCCAGUGCCUCCACAGAAGAAAACCACUUGGAAUGGAUCGGUCUGGUGGAGUCAAAGAUCCGUGUUCUGGUGGGAAACCUAGAAAGGAAUGAGUACAUCACCCUGGCUCAUGUCAACCCCCAGUCCUUCCCCGGGUCCAAAGAGAACCGCAACGAGAACGAUUUUGUGUCCAUGUGGUUCAUUGGGAUCAUCUUCAAGAAAGUGGAGAAUGCAGAGAGCGUGAACAUCGACCUGACAUACGACAUCCAAUCUUUCACAGACACUGUGUACAGACAAGCCAACAACAUCAACAUGCUGAAGGAUGGGAUGAAGAUUGAAGCCACACAUGUGAAGAAGAAACAGCUCCAUCAGUACCUUCCUCCUGAACUGGUGCAGAAGAAGAAGAGGAGCAUAGCAGAGUUGAACCGCAGCUCUAACGGGGGGAGCUCUAAGCGGAUCUCUCUGGACAGCAGUCACCUGGACAGCUCCAGAGACACAGACUCAGGGACGCCCUUUACCUCCCCAGCCAGCAAACCCUCUAAGCCUGUUUCCGACACAGAGGACAGCGUCAGCCCUCCCAAGCAGAUUUUUGUGGAUGGCUCCCCAGCACCCAGUGCGGCAGCACCUGCUCCAGACCAGGGCAUGUCCAUCCCAGUCAUUGGCUCAAAGCCAGCGGUUAAAGCAAAGUCUCCUUCCCCACCAGCCAGCAGCUCCGUCCCCACGGUGCUGAGUGGGGAUGUGCAGCCCAACGCCAGCAGCAGCCCCAAAGAGGAGCCCAACGGCCUGGAGGACUCUGUCAAUGGAGCUCCUGGAGCUCCUGUCAAGAGACCCCACUCGCCAACACAAGAGGACCUGGCCAAGAGGCACAAAGACUCAGAGGUGGUGUCCAAUGACGACUCUGCAUUCAAAGAGCCCUAUCCACCAUCCUGCGACUCCCACACACAGGGAGAAGGACCCCAGAUCACCGCCCUUCCUGAGUCAAAGGCUAAGCCCAUUCCAACCCUUGAUACCUCAAGAACACAGAGACUUCCCAGCAUGGAGCUGCCAGACGCCUCCUCGCCUCUCCCAGCAAGCAACAGUUGUCGCGUCGUGAAAAAUUCCAUCAAACUGGCCCUCAACCGCCACAACCUCACACCUCCCAAGCCCCCAGUGUUUGAGGCUUCCCUCACCCCUGACGCUCCUCCUGCCACUGAAGAAAAGGGCAUGUCCAUUCCUGUCAUUGGCUCUAAACACGUGGCAUCAAAACACGCGGCGCCCCCCGUGGGCAGCUCCAUCCCCACAUUAGUGAGCCGAGGAGCCGACCCACUGAACGGAGCCACCGCCAAGAGAGCCCACUCCCCCACUCUGGAGGAGCAGGCCAAGAGGCUGAAAGAAACAGAAAAGGCCAGAAUCCACAUAGCUUGAACACAUACCGAUAGACUGGAUUUAUAUAUAUACACACACACACAGAGAGUUGGGGCUUUACAGUUAAGUCAAACACCGAGAAGAUGACUUCACACAGGGCAGGGAUUGCGUUCAGGUCGGCCCAUCUCUAGUGUGAAGCAGCAGGACGGACACCUCACCGCAAAUCUUCAGAGAUUGCAGAUUUGCCCGUGGAUAGGUGAUGUGGUCAAACCAGACGUUGUGAGCGUCCUCUGUCACGCUCCGUCAGAGGGCAUUUACAGUAACACAACAAUCACGGCGACACGAGAACUAAAGCCACCGUUUCUUUUGUUUUUGUUUUGUUUUUACUCAUCUUCUCCCUCACUGUUAAAAAAGAAAAAAAAAUUGUACACAGUUCAGAUGGGGAAAUGAGCUGCUCUUCUUUUCAUUUUCCCUUUUUUCUAGAUAACGUGUUUUAAAAACAGCCCAGACCAUUUAUCGACGCUCGCUACACACUCUUCUGGUGUAUGCCGGUUCUUUUUCUUUCCUCUCAAACAGAAACCUGUACAGUAAAUGUUGAUGUACAUAACUUUUUUUGUCUUAAAAAAACCAACAAAAACAAAGAUAAAGAUCACUGUUAAGUCUUUUGCCCAUUCUAUUGUAGUUUUAUCUUUAAAAAGAAAAAAAAAUGUUUAAAAAAAAAAAAUUUUUUGUUUUUCUCUAUUGCUUGUCCGAAACGAUUGUCUCCAGCCCUGGAUACUUUCUUUCUUUUUUUUUUUCUUUCUUUUUUGUAAACACUGUAUAGGUUUGGAUACAGUUGCAGGGAGGCUUUAUGAGAGUUUGCUUGGAUGUGACGCAAAUCCCAACCACGAAGGACUCUUGGGACCACCACAACCACCCAGAGAGGGCUUCAGGUUGGUAUCGGGCUUGCAGUGUGUAGAUGAUAAUAGACACCCAGUGACGAUGCUUCUCAGGUGCCGGUAAGAGCAUGACAAAUAUCUUUGGGACAACACAACGUCAUGGGUUUUCUGCGAGUGGUGAGAUGUGUCUUUCCGGUCAUUGUUUAGCUCGUGGAAGAAUUUAGUACAGAACAUAAGAAGAACCAUAUCAAUAAUGCCGCGCUAAUCCUUCUGUUCAGUGUAGCUUCAGUGUCAAAGUGCCAGCGCCCAGUCUACGUCGUGGAUUAAAAGGAGGUUGAGUUUUCCCGCUUACCUUUCUCGGCGUGUUUAAGCCCUAGAUGUCAGAUAGGUGUGGUUGGAACCAACGGGAGCUCUGGACGGUUUAGGGAAGGGCACAGUGUUUGAAUUUCCAGUUUCGUGUACGUACCUGUGAUUGUCUGACACCUCAAAUUAAUCGGUAGUCCACCAGGAGGGCUGAACAGCUUCUUUUUUUUUUUUUCUUUCUUUUUUCUAAAAGAAGAGCCCCCCCCACCCCACCCCACCACCCACGCCAGUUCCCCGUGGUCUGUUUACUAGUAAGGCCGAUGAAGCGAAAUCCUGGUUGUUUAUGCGUCUAUGUCCAUGAAUGAGUUUGUGGUGCUUUGUGAAGAGAAAAAAAAAAAACAAUGGUUGGAAGCUUUUUGACGAGUUGUGCUGGUUGUUGUGAAUGCAUGUGUACAUGGUUGUGUGUGUGUGUGUGUGUGUGUUGGAGAGAGACGGAGUUCCCUUCGUUUUGGGUGGUAACACUCUGCGCCUCCUGUGGAGGUUCUUAAAAGGCAUCUCCUGAGGCCACAGGUGGGGGGGACAGGGGGUCAAGAGAAAACCUUCUUCCUGCCUUAGGCCCCAACCUUCCAUCUUUUAUGGUCUGAAACUGAGUGACUGACUGCACAGAAGAUAUAUGUGUACAACAAAGUAUAAAUUGAUGCUGGCGAGGCCCCCCCUCUUCUCCAGAGCAGGUAGAGACACAGGGACACGCGCUCUUUUUCCAGCAUCCGUUUCCCCAAAUAAAUGUACAGAGAACAUUUUUUUUUCGAAAAGCAUAUACUUCAUUAUUCGGGGUUUUCUUAUCACUUUAUUUAUAUUUGCAUAUUUGUACCAUGUGAUCUUUUUUUUUAAAUAGCAUUCAUAGCAGGUAGGUCUCUUUUGAAUUAAAUCUGCACCACUCUGUUUCAGACAAUUCAUGUUUUGCUGUUCGGAAAACAUUUAACAAAACCGUUCAUUUAGAUGUUUGUUUCUAAAAUGUAUUGAAAGGGUAUUUUUGUAUGUGUUUAUCACUUCCUUUUAAAUGACUCCUUACCGAAACCCAUUAAACCCCUAAAACUAAA